CGUACGUACGUAUGAUAUUGACCUGUAAAGCAACUUUCAAACAUCGCAGGGGACGAGGAAACACCGAUUUAAAUCGCGAAUCAUCAGUUUAAUUUGGUAAAAUAAAGACAAUUACCUGAUCAGUUUUAAUCAAGUGGAGGUUUCUCCACAUUGCCCUUUCAUUUUGUUGGAAUUCGAGAGUUGCAUGUGCCCAUAUUUCGGGCCUAAAAGGAGGGGUGUUUCUUAGUUCUUGUAAAUCUAAAAUGGCUUGUGCGACACUAAAACGGACUCUCGACUUUGAUCCACUUCAUAGCCCUGGAACCUCCCCAAAAAGAAGAAGAUGUUCACCCAUAAUUACUCCGUCAACACCAACUUCUAGAAAUAGUCUUCAACAAUCACCAUUUUCUCCAGUAACACCUAGAAUAUCACCAGGCCAGCUUGCAGCUCACAUUAGUCAAGAAUGGCGAAGGAUAAAGCGAAGGAAACGGUUGGAAGAUUCUUACAGCAGCGAGUCACCUGUAUCAUCAGAGAUGAUGGAGCAAGCAUCAAGGUUUGGGUUAACAUCGGGAUGCUUCUCACCACCAUCCACAUCCACCAAUCCUAUGCCCAACUUGCCUUCAGGCUCUUUACAACAAACACAAACCAAAGAUCAACCCAUGUUCACUUUAAAACAGGUUAUCCUAAUAUGUGAACGCAUGUUGAAGGAGCAAGAAUCUAGGAUACGUGAGGAGUAUGAUAAAGCCCUAACGUGCAAGUUAGCUGAGCAAUAUGAUGCAUUCGUAAAGUUCAACCAAGAUCAGAUUCAACGUCGCUUUACCUCUACAAGCAUGAGCUAUGUCUCAUAAGUCUACCCCAAGUGCAAUGAUGAAAAGUAAAGAUGUCGAUACAGCUCUAUCAAAUCAACCUAUCGUACUCUUAAGGACUCGCAAUGCAUACGCUCAUCAUCACAGCUACUCCAGAAGAUGACCAGCUAUUGCUUUGAACGAAGUUGAUCCAGAGUAAAUGGAAAUCUAACCAAUAAAACCCAACCAAUGGAUCGCUUCAUUCUGGCUGCGCCACCCUUAAUACAUGUGUAGUUCUCCUGUAAUGGUUCAUAUUGAAUUCCCUGUUACAUAUUCCCGUACAUGUGACUUCUGCACUCCUGACAUGUUGAAGAUGAGAAUGCUCAAAGCCUACGCCACCAGGAAUAUUGGCCAAGAUAGCUUUUUUCAACUUGUCAACAAGCCUGGCAUUGUCACUGAAUAUUUAGCUUUGCUGAAUUUAAUUGGUAAAGAGAAAGGAAUGGAACAAGCUGGAUAUAUAUUUUAAAGUAAACCCAGUAUGGCAUUCACCUCUAGUUGUGUAUACCGUAGUCACAUUUUACAUGACAGAUGAAUGAUGCAUUGAGCGAUCGCGAUUCAUAUUACUUUAGGGUUUGCAUUGUGAGUGUAUUGUAUUUUGAAAUUGAUAACCUCUAGAGUGUCCACAAUGAAUGCCACUCAUGGAAGUGUGAGAAACAAAAUGACUUACAUUGGACAAAUUAAAUGAAAGUAUGUACUGCCUUUGUGAUUAUGAUUGAGGUGUCCUCUGUGACCAGGAAAAAUAUUUCAAGAGUUGACAAACAGAACUAUGCAACUAAAUUUUUGGCCAUUUUGAGUUUUUGUUAUCAAUAUAUCACCAUCAUUGAAAACCAUAAAGCCGUAACCCAAUGUGCUUUGUGGCUAUAUACCAAAAUAACACUUUACCUCGCCAGCACGCUUUGUGUUCCUUGAACUCUUUUGAGUUAUGACAUUCAAUUUGGUUUCACUUUUUUCAAAAUCAUGGAUCUUGAGUUGAGGUGUUCUGUUUGUCACCCCUUGAUUGCUACAAUUCAAAUAUGAACAAAUUUGAUAUUGGUGUUAAUGAAAAGCCUGUGCUUUAAGGCAUGCUCAGACAUGGUGUUCCUGCACUCCCGUAACAAAAGUCUGUGGUACAGGAGAUCGUUUGUUUGCCCUGUACAUGUAUAAUGCUGUUGACAAAAGCCCCUCCCCCAUAAAAGAUAGAACAAAUAAAUAGAUAAAUGAAUGAAUAAAGAUUAAUAUAUAAAUAGAAUAAAGUAAACAAAGAAAAAAUGAAAUUAAAAUGCCAAGAAAAAACUAAUAGAAGGGGGGAAAAAGAAUUGGAUCAGUCGGUCAUAUUUGUUUGUUAGUCUGUUUGCUAUGGGGGCAACUCUAUGUACAUGUAUUUAUUACUCUUGUGCAUGCAGAAAGGACUCCAUCUAUGUAUCAUUGUGCAAGCAUGAUACAUGUAUAAUGGAGAUGAAGGGUAUGUCAGACACAACUGUCCCCUGCACCAUUUGCCUUUUAAAAUAUGUUUUUAAAAAAAUAUAAGAAUUUAAUGUCAAUUGUCGUUACACUGACCCUCUCCCAAAACUAUAAUAGAAGUACAAAGGUUGGCCGGUUACAAAGGUUAUACCGUGAUGUUUGUAUUCUCUAUGUCUGAGAAAGCCUUGUCCUUUAAAAUUGAAUUAAUGACUAAAGAAAGAAAGCAACCUUCAGAAAUUAAUUCAUGAAACAUUAAUAACAAUUUAAUAAUAUUUUCCUUUGGCUUGGUGAUGAAAUCUAUAUUGGAAGGACAUGUGCAGCUUUUCUUUGACACCAAUUGAAGACGAACAUAACAAUUUGAUGAGAGGCGCCAACAUGUAAAGUUGAAUUGGAGUGUUUGAAAUACAUGUAUUCCUGUUUCCUGUCGAGCUUUGAGAGUACAUGCACUGUAUUAGGGCAUUGCUGCGUAGUAUACAGUGUACUUAAACAGGCAAAAGCCUCAAUGUAAACUCCAUAUUGGAUUAUUUGUGUUGAAGCAUUCUGUUACAUAAUAAUAUUUAGAUAUUUUCACACUUUUUUAUGCGUUGUGUGAGAAUGGUACUGUGUAUAAGGAUGGAAAGUAUGAUUGUACUGCAUUAUCCCGUCUCUAUCAUUGUAAAUAUUGAAGCUCUUAUGAUAGGGCCGACUGCAUAGUUAUCAUCUUUCCCCGUUUUGUUUGUUACGGUGCUAUUAAUUUCUGGCCAACAUUCUUGAAACUUUAAAAGAGCAGUCAAGGAAAAAAAGUUAAUUUUUUCAUUAUAUCGUUCUUAUUUAUUCUUCCUUUUGAGUUUAUUGUUUCCUUUGUUCAUAAAUCCUUGGUUAUAUAAACAGUAGAUUUUAGUUACUUGUAAAUAGGUUGAAUUGUUUUAUUUGAAAGAAGAUAACAAACCAAGGAUCAUAAGGAUGAUGAAAGUGUGUGCAUGUUUGAUUUUAUUCCAUAAACCAGUGUUAGAAUUCUUAGUGAAGUUUUUUCUGCUUUCAUUUAUUUUCUUAAGUGUCACUAAGCCAUGACAAAGUAGCCCAUCAAUAUCGAUGUUGAGUGUGAUAUUUUGACAAUUGAUACAAUGUCCUUGUCUGAUAUCGGCUAAAAGUGCGGUCUCCCUUUAAUGUCUCUCUUUAGAUUAAAGACACAUGGAAAAAAUUGUGAGCAUAUACAUGUAAUUUUAAAACUUUACCAGAUAGAAGUCUUCUGCAUGGGUAUUAGUUUAGAUGAGACUUUCAGGUCAUUUUUAAAACUUCAACUUGUACAUGUAUGUUCAUUUGAUUUUCAGGUAAAAGAAUGAGCAAGUCUGGUACUUGAGCGGGCAUGGGGGUUGAAAAUAUAGUUUUGUGCAAUGAGAGCCAGUAUUGAACCAGUGAAGACAGGGCCUAGCCUGCAAUAUAUAAUGGGCUGAGUUCUAUGUAAAAUAUGUGUUAUACAUGUAGCAUGAUCAGCAAGUCUCAUAAGUGUUAUUAAGGCACAGUGAGUACAUGGAUAAAGCGAACCAACAAUAGUUGUUUGAAUAGAUUUUCGUUAAGACUAAAUGCAUUUUGUGUUUUUCUAAUCAGUCAUUUUUUCACCUGAUUGCAUAUUGAGUAGGAAUGCAUCACCCAAUGAGUAUAAAUUUUUUUUUGUGUUCAUUCAAUAAUUUAAUUGUAGCUAAUAUCGAUAGAAUUAUUCCUCAAACUGAGGGGCAUAUAUUUUGUACUUUUUUAAUUAAAAUAAUUUUGUAUAUUAAAUGCAAAGUUUACCAUUUCCAGGCUUCGAUUAUGGUAACUUUUUUGCUUGACCAGCAUUUUGUGUAUUGAGCCAUACAGACAAAACGGUUUAUGAGGUAGUGUGAUUAUUUAGGUACAGGCAAACAUUCUUUUCGCACUAUCAGUCCCUGUGUGGACAUUGUCAGUCUGGAUGUUCAGUGAAAUUAUGAGUCUGGAAAUGGUUAGUUCUCAUCGAUAACAAGUACAUGUAUAAAUUAUAAUUAAGCAAAGACCUCGUGUAUAAUGAUCUCUGUACAUGCAUAUCAUACAUGUAAAUUUUGUCAUAUAUCUAUAUAUAUCAUACUUGCACCUCUCAUCUUCAAUACAUUAAUUUGUUUACAAAAAAUGCAUAAUAUGACCAUGAUGUUGCUGUAAAUACGAGAAAUAAAAGGUUUAGAUGUUCUACCGUAGUUAAAGUAGCUAAUAUUGGAGAGUAUAUGGAGAGGUGAUACGUAUGUAUGAUGCAGGGAUACCGAGUUUGUACUUCUUAUUGUAUACAUUCUUGACAAUAUUAUUUUUCAUUGUUUACAAGUUCUCACAUGAAAAUUAUUAGUGUAAAGGACAAAUAAUAAUCGGUUUCUGGUAUUAAAACCAA